AUGGUGAGCUUUCUGGAGACUUCGCACGGGUACGUGGUGAACAGCCGGGCGUUCAGUCUUGGAGGCCCUGGCCGCAUCAGCCCAGCGCUGAAGGCCGAGUGCAGGAAGCACUUGCAGGUGUGGAUCCGGUUGCUGGGCGAGGUCCUUGCCUCUGAGUUUCCGGGCUGGGACGUGUUGAGUGCCUUCUCAGUCUUCGAGCUGAAACCUGCCGCAAGCCGCAUGCAGGAGGACGAAGACGUGCAGCAUGAAAGGACAGAGUUCCUGGCGAAUUCUGCACAGCGACUGGCUCAGGUUUUUGACUUGAGUCUCGAAGACUUCGUUUCGGAGAUGGAGGAUCACCGGCCAAUGGCGCAGCACCUGGUUGUCUCGCAGCAGGUUGACGCUUUUGCGGCUUGGAGCAGCGCACUGCGAAAGACGCAAAAGAGAAAGUCGAUACGAGACAAGUAUCCCUGCGCAAACUUGCUCCGUGCCUUGUGCAAGUACGGCACUUUUCAAGGAGCAUCCACGGCCGGCGUGGAGCAGCUGUUUUCCCAGGUGGCCAAGCAAACAAGCCCUGCCAGGAAGCAUAUGAAUCCAGAUCUCUUGCUGUCAGAGGUGAAGAUUUUCGCGGACUGGAAUAAAACCGAGGCAGCCCACAUCGCAGAGGUUGCUCAGGUUGCCUGGACCUUGCUAGGCAAUGGCAUGCCCCGUGACAGUAGCCAGACUGAGCGAAUGGACAAGGGUGUCAAGCGCAACAUAGUCGAGGACCGCGGGCUGCUAGGGAGGGGUCUGGGGCGACCUCUAGGUGGUUCUAAGCAAGACACGGAGGUCGCUUUCUUGGCCAAGAGGAACAAGGCUGUCAAAGCAGGGACCAAGCUGCGCAGAGUGGAAUCGGUAGUGGAUGCCGCAGCUGCUGCGGCCGAUGCCAUCAUCCAGUGCGAUGCCAGUCUCCAAGCGGAGAUCCAGUUCCAACAUGCGAAGCAGUAUGCCAACAAAUGCAACGCUUACUUGGAGAACACGCUGCUGGCCAGCGAGGUGCCUGAGGAUCUGGGUGAAGUUGCUCUUGCCAUGGCCCAGAUUCGAGAAGGAAAUCGGGCCAAGAAAGUUCGCCUGGAGGGCAGGCAGGCAGCACUCAUGCAUCCAACGGGGCUGGACUGGAGGUUCUCCACCGUUUGGUUCGAGGAUGCAGAAUGGCAAGAGCUCCUUCCUCUGGGCCUUCUUCACAAUGUGGUGGCCGACAUCAGCGAGGCCAAUGUUUGGGUGGUGCUUGAUGCGGCUUCCCCUCCUGAGGACAUCCUUUGGACUGCUACCCUGCAAGGCGGCACUAUCGUAGAUGUUGUUUUCGCUGAGACCAAUCGUCAGGGUGGUGUGGCCUUCCGGUAUGACCAAGCUACCUUGAUUCAGCGGCAUAUCCUUCUCUCCCCCGAAUUCGACGCAGCAGAAAGACGCUUGGCAAGUCUGGUGCGAGCCGCAGCCCGCAAAGCGACCUCGAAGUGGACUCUCCUUCCUUCCUGGGAGGCAUUCAGCGAGAAGUACGAGCAGAUGGCUGGGCCGGAUGUUGCAGCGAAGCGGCGACAGCCUAUGCGAGUACUUGCCCUGGUGCCAGAGCCAAUCGAGAUCGCCAUGUGCAUGAAGAGUGUGCUCGGGAAAGCAUCCCUUCUCGGCUUCUGUUCACGGUUUGCGUGUGCUCAGCGCGGUCUAUGA